AUGCCAGACGCCAACAUGAACGACCAAGCAUCGGACAGCAACGCGUCCAGCAACAUCAUCAUCCGGGUUGUGCGAACCCGUGGCACGCCACAAGAUGAUCCCCCGCCACCCUACACGCCAAGGGAGGUUCUGCCGUUCCCACAAGCUGACGUAGACAGGUUCAGGGACAGGUAUCAGGAUCUGCUCAGGCAAAGGAACGAGCAGAUUAGGACCCUCCGGAGGCAGAAUGAUGCGCUCAGGACCGAGGUUCGUGCCAGGGAUGAGGAGCUGCGAGCACUGAGGGUCGGUCGCAGUUUUGAGCGCGAUCGCCGCCAUGGUGCCCAGCAGCAACAUCCACCACCUGGUCACGACCCCGGUGCGGUACACCACCACCAGCCUGUCUACCACGGAAUCCUGCAGCAGCAGCCUCUCCCGCCGAGUACGCUGCCUAUGGGCAGCUACCUGACCGCGACAACCGUCGUCACUCUCGGUCCCGGUCCCGGUCUCGGUCUCGGUCUCGCCCUCGCUCGACGUCCAGACGUCGAAACGACCGCCACCGUGACGACCGCCACCGAGACGACCGCCAUCGGGAUGACCGCCACCGCGAUCGGAGCAGAUCGCGUGACCGGUACCGUAGUCGGAGAAGUCGUCACGAGAGUCGCCGCUGAACCUAGCAGUCUUUGCUGGUUUAGCAUUGUUGAUUGGCUCCACAAGCUCCGCGAGUGA